UGCUUCCAGCCAAGCUUUACCCCCAAAAAGCAGGUUACGAACACGAGAAUGAGCGAUCCUGUCCCAGCAUUGAGUGGUGUCGACCCCAGCAUUGGCAAAGGAAAACGGAGAGCCCGCCAGGGUUCGGAAACCUCAUCUUCGAGCAACGACCCCAUUGAAAGUCUAGUGGAUCCUGAGACACUAGCUAAUGGAGAAGGUCAGCUGAUUGGGCCCGCCGCCGCCCGUGAACUGGACAAGAAAAAUAAGAAGGACAAUGAAGUGAAGAAGGACGAUAAUGGCAGCCUUAACAUCAGGAUUCAUCUUGACCUGCAUGCUAAGGUCAAAUUGGAUUUGGAGGCUGAUCUAUAUGGAGAUAUUGUGAUUGGGCUAUUCUGAUUGAGAUGCUGAAGGCCGGUCGCUACCGUUAGCUAAAUAGUAACCUUGCUGCGAUUGUGGCAAUUGCAGAUGUAUGUGAUUGUUGAAAUACC